CUCGUGGCGUCAGCGGCCCUGACGGCGGCGGGAGGGGCCGGGCGGGACCGGGACCGGGCCGGGACCGGGGCGAGGAGCGGGACGAGGAGCGGGACGAGGAGCGCGCCGGGCCGGGGUAGCCCCGGCGCGCCGGCGGGAGCGAUGGCGCCGCGGCUGCAGCUGGAGAAGGCAGCGUGGCGCUGGACCGAGACGGUGCCGCCCGAGGCGGUGGCGCAGGAGCACAUCGAGGCGGCCUAUCGCGUCCGGCUGGAGCCCUGCCAGCGCGGAGCCUGCCGGAGGAACUGCCGGGGGAACCCCAACUGCCUGGUGGGCAUCGGGGAGCACGCGUGGCUGGGCGAGAUCGAUGAGAACAGCUUCCACAACAUCGACGACCCCAACUGCGAGCGCCGCAAGAAGAAUGCCUUCGUGGGCCUGACCAACCUGGGUGCCACGUGCUACGUCAACACCUUCCUGCAGAUGUGGUUCCUGAACCUGGAGCUGCGGCAGGCGCUCUACCUGUGCCCCAGCGCCUGCGGGGACGGCGUGCCCAAGGACACGGACUAUGAGCCCCAGACCAUCUGUGAGCACCUGCAGUACCUGUUUGCUCUGCUGCAGAACAGCAAGCGGCGCUACAUCGACCCCUCAGCCUUUGUCAAGGCGCUGGGGCUGGACACGGGGCAGCAGCAGGAUGCCCAGGAGUUUUCCAAGCUGUUCAUGUCCCUGCUGGAAGAUACUUUGUCCAAACAGAAAAACCCAGAUGUCCGGAACAUUGUGCAAAAGCAGUUCUGUGGAGAGUAUGCCUAUGUCACAGUCUGCAACCAGUGCGGCAGAGAAUCUAAACUGGUGUCUAAAUUUUACGAGCUGGAGUUAAACAUCCAAGGACACAAGCAGUUGACAGACUGUAUAACAGAAUUCCUCAAGGAGGAAAAAUUAGAAGGGGACAAUCGUUAUUUUUGUGAGACUUGUCAGAGCAAGCAGAAUGCCACGAGGAAGAUCCGGCUGCUCAGCCUGCCCUGCACCCUCAACCUGCAGCUCAUGCGCUUUGUGUUUGACAGACAAACUGGCCACAAGAAGAAGCUGAACACCUACAUUGGCUUCUCAGAGCUGCUGGACAUGGAGCCUUUCAUGGAGCAAAAAAACGGGGUGUACGUGUACGAGCUGAGCGCUGUGCUCAUACACCGUGGAGUAAGCGCCUACUCCGGGCACUACAUCGCCCACGUGAAGGACCCACAGACAGGAGAGUGGUACAAGUUCAACGAUGAAGACAUCGAGAAGAUGGAGGGGAAGAAACUCCAGCUGGGAAUUGAGGAAGAUUUAGCGGAGCCAUCGAAAUCCCAGACCCGCAAGCCCAAGUGCGGCAAGGGCACGCACUGCUCCCGCAACGCCUACAUGCUGGUGUACAGGCUGCAGGCCCGGGAGAAAUCCCUCACUGUGCAGGUGCCAGCUUUUCUGCAGGAGCUGGUAGAGCGGGAUAACUGCAAGUUUGAGGAGUGGUGCAACGAAAUGGCCGAGAUGCGCAAACAGAGCGUGGCCAGAGGCAAGAUCAAGCACGAGGAGGUGAAGGAGCUCUACCAAAGGUUACCCGCCGAAGCUGGUUCCCCUUACGACUUCAUCUCUCUGGAAUGGCUGCAGAAGUGGCUGGAUGAGUCCACUCCUCCCAAACCUAUUGAUAACACAGCCUGCCUGUGCUCCCAUGGCAAACUCCAUCCUGAUAAGAUCUCCCUGAUGAAGAGGAUAUCAGAAUACGUGGCCGAUUUCUUCUACCGCCGAUACGGAGGAGGGCCCCGGCUCAACGUCAAAGCACUUUGCAAGGACUGUGUGGUGGAAAGGUGUCGGAUCCUGAGGCUGAAGAACCAGCUGAACGAGGACUACAAAACAGUCACCAACCUGCUGAAGAUGACAGUCAAAGGGACCGAUGGGUUUUGGGUUGGAAAAGCCUCCUUGAGGAGCUGGCGUCAGCUGGCUCUGGAGCAAUUAAAUGAGCAAGAUGAAGAUGCAGAGCACAGUAAUGGAAAAAUGAAUGGAAAUGCACAAAACAAAGAUGAAUCAAAUGAAGAGAAGAGGGAGGAGGAAGAGGAGUUAAAUUUUAAUGAAGACAUCGUUUGCCCACAUGGUGACCUGUGCAUCUCUGAGAAUGAACGGAGGGUGGUUUCCAAGGAAGCCUGGGAGAAACUCAAGCAAUAUUUUCCAAAAGCCCCUGAAUUCCCAAACAACAAAGAGUGCUGUUCCCAGUGCAAGAUUUUGGAGCGUGAAGGGGAGGAAAAUGAAGCUCUGCAUAAGAUGAUGGCCAGUGAGCAGAAGACUUCUCUGCAGAACCUGUUCCAUGAUAAAUGCAGGCCUUGCCUGGGCAGCUGGCCUCAGGAGACGGAUGAGCUGUAUAUUGUUUCGCAGUUCUUUGUAGAAGAAUGGAGGAAAUUUGUCAGGAGGCCGACGCGCUGCAGCCCCGUGUCCUCCAUAGCCAACAGUGUCCUGCUCUGUCCCCACGGGGGGCUCAUGUUCACCUUUGCUUCCAUGACCAAAGAAGACUCCAAACAUAUAGCUCUGAUAUGGCCCAGUGAGUGGGAGAGGAUCCAAAAGCUCUUUGUCGUGGAUCACGUCAUCAAAAUCACCCGGAGCCAGACGGCCGAGGGCGCCCGCUACGCCUCCGAGCCCCAGCUGUGCCCCGAGUGCCGGGAGGGGCUCCUGUGCCAGCAGCAGCGGGACCUGCGCGAGUACACCCAGGCCACCAUCUACAUCCACAAAGUGGUGGACAACAAAAAGGUAAUGAAGGACGCGGCUCCAGAGCUGAACGUGAGCAGCUCGGAAGCUGAAGAGGAAAGGGAGGAAAACAAGCCAGAGGGGGAGCAAGAUCCUGAUUUUAACCAGGCCAAUGGUGGCACGAAACGCCAGAAGCUGUCCCACCAGAGCUACAUCACCUACCAAAAGCAGGGAAUCAGGAGGAGCACGCGGCACCGCAAGGUGCGGGGCGAGAAAGCGCUGCUGGUGUCAGCCAGCCAGACCCUGAAAGAGCUGAAAAUCCAGAUCAUGCACGCCUUCUCCGUGGCCCCCUUCGACCAGAACCUGUCCCUGGAUGGGAAGAUGCUGAGUGAUGACACGGCCACGCUGGGCAGCCUGGGAGUCAUCCCCGAGUCUGUCAUCCUGCUCAAGGCUGACGAGCCCAUCGCGGAUUACGCGGCCAUGGACGACGUCAUGCACGUUUGUAUGCCUGAAGAGGGAUUUAAAGGGACUGGUUUGCUUGGCCACUGAUGGUUUUCCAAGGAGGAGCCACCAGAAGGGAAGAGGAUUUGUCACAUGGUAGGGCAUUAAAAGAAUAAAACCAGGUGGAUACAGUACUUUUUGACUCUUCCAGAAGGCAAAAAUCCAUCGUGAGACGUUUGCUCCCCCCCAAAAAAAAAAAAAACAAAACAAAUGCCUUAUGUCAAAGCAGAUUGCACUGAAGGACAUCCUGCUUCAGGACAACGUUCCCGGGUUUAUUUAACAAAGAACAGGAAGGUUGGGAAGUUGAGCAGCAGCAUUGGUGUGUGUGGCACAGGGCUGGUGCUGCAGUAGCUCCAGCCCACCCUGAUCCCUCGGCAGGAACUCUUUAGGAUAAUCCUGCCUUUGAUCCACUCCCACCCUUUCAGUCCAGCAUGGAAGCACAGGAAUUGUGACUUCAUGAGGAAUGUCUGGCGCUCUCAGACAGCCAAACUUCAUUUUCCUAACCCAGAAUGGAAGCUGGGAUUUGGCUCCCAAGCCCUGCCAGGCCUGGGAGCCGCCCCCUCUCCGCAUCCUUCGCUGUCACCUCCACGCCUUGGACAAUCCUGUAACCACCUGGGCUCUGGGGACUGGGGGGUUUUUUAGAAAUUUGGGAUAUUUUCAUGAUUCUGGAGAACAUUUUCCUCCAGUCUGGCGCUGCUGGGAGCGUUCCUGGCUCAGGGCAGUCAGAGCUGGCCAGGGGCUGCAGGUGGGUGCUGGGUUUCCCAUGGGAAGAGGUUUUGUUACUCCUCUCUCCUCAUUUUUCAGCAAUGCACUAAUUUCUUUUCUUUUUUUUUUUUUUUUUUUCCUUUUUUUAACAUCUCCCAGAAAACUUUUCUCCACUUUAAUAUUUAGCAGGAAAUAGUAUCCCACUUCCAGACUGAUCCACACUGGGCACUGCCAAGAGAUCUCUUCAUUAGAGAUCCUCUUCCUUUCCAAGCUUUUCCUUUGUUUCUGCAGAAAAAUACAAUGCAGAGAUCACAUCAGCUUUAUUUUUUCAAGGUUUGCAGGAAUUUGGGCUGCAAGAAGAGGAUGUGGGCCACAAAUCCCAUGCCCAAAACCCCACUAGCUUUGAUUUCCAGUGUUCUGUUUCCAGUGUUUUAUGCAAAGAAUUCCAUCUGCUCUUUGCCCAGCGCCUUCCUCCCUUGCCCCUGCUGGGUUUGAGGGUGAAACAGCAGCAUUUGAGGGGCUCUAAAUUUCCUAAAAAGUGCUAUUUUGGGGCAGUUUGAACCCGUGGAUUCUUUCCCAAGCUACAGACAUGGCAAAUCCCAUGCCAAAGCCACAGGAGGCUUUUCUUCCCAACCUGAAGCACUCGCUUGUGUACAUAUUCCUUGGAAAAUUCCAUCUUUUCAAGUUGCUGUUAAUUUUUUUAAUGUUAUAUAUAAAAAAGUCUCUCCCUUGAGCUCACCCUGUGGUGGGAAGGAGCCCCGUGGGGCGUUGAGGGCUGUGGCGGUUCCGGCAGCGCCGGAGGAUGCAGGCGCAAGGUGUGAGCCAAGGCCCCAUUCCUGGUUUGUCUGUUAUUUGCAAAUAUUAUCGGAUUAAAGUUGUCAUUGGAGCUGUG